CGCGCACUUCCUAUUCUCACCCACCACAGCUGCCAAAGCACUAUACCCCCAAAUGUAAGAUGGUGGCCGUCUGGUUUUGAGAAGCCACCGAAGGUAAAACGGACAGUGAGUUACCGGAACUAGGCCUCAUCACUUUUACCGGAGAAGCUUACACAGGAGAAAGCAGCGGACUCCCGGCUACAGUCAGAAGAGAAUCAGCAGGAGGAGCCGCCCCCUCACCGCCCGCCAUCCCCAGGCACACAGCGCAGGAGGCGGUACGAGGAUCUUCGCAUCAAACGGAUUUUAAUUUCUCCCCCACCCCCCAUUAAGUUAUUACAAGCCUGGAAUAUUUUUUUGUUUGUCUGUUUUUCCUGCGUUUUUGGGAUCCCAGAAAGAUGUCCCGCAGCCCCGAUGUGAAAGAAGACCCAGUGGAGUGCCCCCUUUGCAUGGAACCGUUGGAAAUCGAUGACAUCAACUUCUUUCCCUGCACAUGCGGCUAUCAGAUCUGCCGGUUCUGCUGGCAUCGUAUACGCACAGACGAAAACGGGCUUUGCCCCGCUUGCAGAAAGCCAUAUCCCGAGGACCCGGCAGUAUACAAACCCCUCUCCCAAGAGGAGCUACAGAGGAUAAAGAAUGAAAAGAAGCAAAAGCAGAACGAGAGGAAACAGAAAAUAUCAGAAAACCGCAAACAUUUGGCCAGCGUGCGCGUUGUGCAGAAAAACCUCGUUUUCGUAGUGGGAUUAUCACAGCGGCUCGCAGACCCAGAGGUACCAGAAACAUCAUUUUCGGUUUUAAAACGACCGGAAUAUUUUGGAAAGUUUGGUAAAAUACACAAAGUUGUCAUUAAUAACAGCACAUCCUAUGCAGGCUCACAGGGCCCAAGCGCGAGUGCGUACGUAACGUACAUCCGGUCAGAAGAUGCACUCCGAGCUAUCCAGUGCGUCAACAAUGUGGUGGUAGACGGCAGAACACUAAAGGCAUCUUUAGGUACUACGAAAUACUGCAGCUACUUCUUAAAAAACAUGCAGUGUCCCAAGCCAGACUGUAUGUAUUUACACGAAUUAGGGGACGAGGCGGCCAGCUUUACAAAGGAAGAAAUGCAGGCGGGCAAACAUCAAGAAUAUGAACAGAAGCUCCUGCAGGAGUUAUACAAGCUAAACCCCAACUUCCUGCAUUUGUCUACGGGUACCGUCGAUAAAAAUAAAAACAAGGUGACUCCGAUACAGAGGUAUGACGUACCCAACAGUAAUAACAAAGAAGCCUGGCCGUCCUUACAGAGUUCGAGCAGGUCUGCCAACGGCUUAACAUUGGAGCCCAGAAAAUCACCUCCUAUCUUAGACAGUGGCUUAGAUCCCGAUCACAUGACUCCAGACGGCCCCGACUCAGACUUUGGGCUGUUUUGGGAAACCGCUGAACCUAAUGUUUCCAAUUUUGGCAGGGUCAUAGAGGACGAAACGAGUUCUGUCGACAAAUCUCCAGAAUCGAUAAGUAUAGGAAACGGAGAUAAUUUACAACAGAUAUUACCAAGCGACACACCUUCACCUCCGCCAGGCUUAUCGAAACCAAAUCCCGCCGCCCCCGUCAGCUCAGCCAAUCACAGUACGCGGUCUCCCUUCGAGGAAGCGGUGACGGAAUCCCAGUCGUUAUUCUCCGACAACUUCCGACACCCAAAUCCUAUCCCCAGCGGGCUACCUCCUUUUCCCAGCUCCCCACAGACCUCCAACGAAUGGCCCACAGCGCCAGAACCUCAGUCUCUCUUCACAUCAGAAACGAUCCCCGUCUCCUCGUCCACAGACUGGCAAGCGGCGUUCGGGUUCGGUUCUUCCAAACAGCAAGAGGACGACUUGGGUUUUGACCCUUUCGAUAUCACCCGCAAAGCCUUAGCAGACUUGAUCGAGAAGGAACUGUCCGUUUCGGACCAACCCGCGCUGUCGCCCACGUCCGCUCAGAAUCCUUCUCCUCACACUACUGCCAAAGGGCCAGGAUCUGGCUUCCUCCACCCCACCGCCGUCACCAACGCCAACUCCAUGGGCGGCACGUUUUCAGCCUUGCCGCAGCGGUUCCCGCCGUUCCAGCACAGAGCGGUUUAUAACUCGUUCAGUUUCCCCGGCCAGGCCGCACGGUAUCCGUGGAUGGCCUUCCCCCGAAACAACAUCAUGCACUUGAACCACACCGCAAACCCGACCUCAAACAGUAAUUUCUUGGACUUGGCUCAUCCUCCACAGCACAGCACGGGUCUGGGCGGCAUCCCCAUCGCAGACCACAGCAAUUCAGUAGAGAGUAAAAAUGUGAAGGAAUGGCAGGACGGGCUAAGGGCACUUCUACCCAACAUUAACAUCAACUUUGGUGGGCUCCAAAAUGCUUCUAACCCUUCCAGUGCGCCAACCUCCAACACUGGCACCACCAACAGCCUGAACUGGGACAAUCCUGGCAGCUGGAUGGACCCCGCCAUCAUCACAGGUAUCCCAUCAUCCACAGGAAAUGGUCUAGAACCUUUGCAGGACGACAAUCCGCCACACUGGUUAAAAUCACUGCAAGCGCUGACAGAGAUGGACGGCCCCAGCGGCUCCUUACCCCCCCACCACCCUCACAACAACCUCUUCAGCACACAGAUACCCCUACACAGAGCCAACUGGAGCCCAUACCCUCCCCCUACAAACCCAACGUUCCACUCCCCACCACCCGGCUUCCAGACAGCCUUCAGACCACCUACAAAAACCCCUACAGAUCUACUACAGAGUUCGGCCCUGGACCGUCAUUAAAUAUAAGGAACUGUUAGAAAUUUGGGAAUUCGCCCCCCACCCCCCCUUCGAUUUCAAUCAAAAUCCAAUCCUCAGUGUUUUCCCUCUCGUAAGAUCCUUCUCCUCCGACCCUUUCCAGUACAACCCAGGAUUCUACGGCUGCCGGCAACAAGGCCACGUUCCGCAACCGGUCGCCGGAGACCGCACCAUCACCAACCACCGUAAAGAUACGGCCGACGGCGACAACACCCGACGCGUUUCUCCGCCUCUGCCCCCCUGCACCCCCCAACAAUCAAACGUAAAAUAUCAUUAGAACCCGAGAGAAUUCGACAGAAAUCGGCAAACGGGAUGACUUGGUCUGCUGCGCGACGUUUUCUGUUUUUCCGACGCUUUUUAUUACGUGAUUUAUCAGCGAGAAGAAAUAGAGGAAUAAAAGAACCUUUAGGAGCGAGGAAUAGAAAUCUAACCAACGAUCACUAAUCAAGGCGGUUAUUAUUUUAAUCGUUAUAGAGGGCACCCCUCGGGUUUAAACGCCAAUAUCAGUUUUCGGUUUUGAAUGAUUUUGUGUUUUUGUUUUUUUUUUAUUUUAAAAGUGCCAUUUAACGCAUUUCAUUUCUUCAGGACCAAAAAAAAAAAAAAAAAGGGGUUGGACUAACCUAUCGAAAUCACCGAGCCCUUUUGGCGAGAGCGAGGGUUUCGGCGGCGGUUUAUUAAUUUGGCGACCGUUUCCGUGCUUAGCGCGUUCGUAGUUAUUUUUUUCGUUAAAUGCCUUGUGGAGUGGUGCUUUCCGAGUACGUGGCAGCAGACCAGAAAAAAAAAAUCAUUUAAAAAUGCUGUGAUUAACUGUGUUGUCGGCUAAAAAUAUUCCCUGCUUUUUAAUGAGC